AUGGGAGAGCAAAACUCGCUUCAAUCGGCCGGAGUAACAGGUGAAUGGAUAUGGGGCGACGAUCUCGAGACAGUCGUCUUUGCACAAGCCUACGGUCACGGCCGAACGAUAAUUUUUCGAUUCAAAUUCGACAACAAAAGUCCGCGACCAUUAGCCAGUCGAGUCGCAACCUGUUAUCAUGAUCUCAAUACCAGUACCCCAGGCCAUUCAUUCCCAACUACAAGCACCAUGCGCGAAGCCAUAUGGACUGCUGUUGCGAACAUCUGGAAUGUGUGCUGUCUUCACCCUGAAAUUCACCAACUGGACGUUAUCAUUGAUAUCCUUAACGAGGAAGCUGAGCACCACGGGCAGCAAGCUUCCUGGGACCUCUGUCACGAGAAAAUGUAUACUGACUACGUCGAAAUGUUAUCGCCGGCGAGUCACCUGUCGCUCAAUAAUCAGCAAAUGAGCAAGAUCGAAUAUCGAAGUCUCGUACGAUUAAAUCAGCUUGGAGGAAGAGGUUGCACAACGCUUGUGUAUAACGCAUCUGAUCCUCUGACCAAGUACGUGUUCAAGGGAAUUAACUUUCGCACCUUUUUAAACGGCUACGAAAACGGCCACAUUCUUGAAGAGAUUAAAUCCUUCUAUCGGCCAAUGGAGUUGAUUGCCAGCAUGCCCCGCCAUCCCAACAUUAUGGCUCCUGCACAAACUUUGGUGACCGUCUGCAAGCCAGGGGACACUGUACCGUUCGUGUGUGGCACACUUUAUCCUGUUCUUUCCAAUGGUGAUCUUGCUGCAUACAUCGAGAAAAGCAAUGAAACCGGUCAGCGGAUACCAGCGACAAAGAAGGCGAAAUGGUGUUAUCAGAUGGCUGCCGCAGUUGCGCAUACUCACUUCGAUGCGAAGACUUACCAUAUGGAUCUUAAGCCUGGAAACUUUCUGAUCGAUAAUGAUUGGAACCUCGUGCUCAUAGACUGGGAGCAAAGCGAUGCGCCUGUGACUACUGCAGCCCCAGAAAUUGACGGCACAUGGGACGUUGAAGAAGUUCAAGUACAAAACUCCAAGACCUUUCUCCAAUACACAAAUUACACUGGACCUGAACGUAAGAACAUGCCCGAUACUACACCUGACGACAACGGUUGGAAUGUUUGGAAUGUGGGUUUGGUGUGGAGUAGGCAAUGUCGAAAGGCAUUAGAGCUUGCUGAAGUCUUCAGUCUUAGUCGAAGUAUGUGGAUGUUAUUGCGUCAGCCAGAUAUGGGUAGCUUUGAAGAUAUCACGGCCACGGAAGAGAUCUCGGAAGAUUGGAAUAUGUCAGAGGAUAUCCCGCUGCAUGGGAGAGACGCAGUAGACAGGUGUUUGAUGAAAGAUCCUAAUGAGCGGAUUGGUCUUCAUGAGCUCGUUACGUUCUGGAGCAAGGAAAAAAGAGAAGUUGAAAGCGUUUAA